CGGCGCGGCAUGAUGAAGGUGGGAUGGGGUCAGCGUCUCGUGAACAAGCGAUUCACGACACAGACACACCUAGAAGCGUCAUCCGAUCGUCACGUGAGUGGUCAUUCUGCCUUCACAGUCAAUCCAUAUCAGUCUGACGCUACGAGCUCUGCCUCACAUCGUGGCAGGCCCUCCCUGUUUAUCGCCCCAACACUCUAGUCUCAGCAGUUGCCAAGAAUGUCUAUUUCUUGACCAGCGCUUCGACUUGAACACCAAAGGCAGACUUCAUGUCAUUGAUGGUGGCUGCACAACACACACACAGCAGAGGAACAGAGGGACAGAGAUGCUCUGCGUGUAUUGAUCAGCAGCAGAUCUAUCUUCCCUCCCUCCCUUACUUUUGGACUGUGCGACGCCUCCCUGCCAGAUGGCCUCUUUCAAGUGGACCUGCCCCCUGCUCAGCGCCUUGCUGCGGUAAGGCUCCUUCAAACACCUGAAGGCAUUGCAACACACAAGGACAGCGACAGACAACGAGAUCAUGCGUGUGACACUCCUGAGAUCUACCGCCGUCAUCUCUCGGCUUACUGUCUGAGUAUGUUGGCCAUCUCUGUCGUGUACUGAAUGUAAGAGACCUUCGCAUUCCGCCACAUCGCGCAGCGCAAGGAAAACUUCCCUUCCC